AUGGGCGCAUGCUGUGCGUUGGUUCGUUUGGUAGAAGGUAGUAUGCGACAUAAGGCGCUCGUGCGAGCCAUUCUGCAGGUUACUGGAUAUCGGCGAGCUCACAUCAAGCAAGCUGGCAUGAUCCUACCUCGUGCCAAUGGCGACUUCACGUCGGAAUUCAAGGCUCUGGUCGAGCAUUUCCUUGAGAAGCUUGGAUGUGGCAGUAUCUUCUUUCCAGAAAUUGUACCAGAUUAUGAAGGCUGGGCUGAUAGUUGGACCCAUGGCGACCGGUACACAUGGGUACGCGGAAAGCCACAAGGAGAGCCAACUGAAUAUGGUGGACUGCCAACACCAAGCGACAAAGACCGAAUCCGAGAAGCAGUCAUGCUCAUGUUCGAGAACUUGCGAGACCAUGGGACCGCCUUGGACUUGGACGACAGUAUUACUUUACAGAGUUGCCUCGCGGACGGAUGCUGUGAGAUCUGUGCCGGCGAGGAUUAUGAGGAUCUGACCGAGGACAAGAUGUUGUUUUGCGACGAUUGCCACGUUUGUCGUCAUCAAAGCUGCUACAAGGUCAAGAUUGUUCCAGAAGGAACCUUUUACUGUAGAUCCUGCACUGCAAACAGAAAUCGUGAAAUUGGUAGAGUCAUGACGCCUUGGAGCAGCAAGAAGCCUGCCACGCCUGCAUCUCUCAUCGUAGACGAAAACCGUUUUGGUCCGCUUGUUGGAUCUCCACACCAAACAAGAUCUACCAGAAGUAACCCAUUUGGGGGUUUUCAACAAUUUCCUGAUCCCAAAGCCGCCAAGUCCAAGGACAACCCAAGCGCAGCCCCUAGAAAGCGAUCCGCUUCCACUGUUCAGAGAUCUUGUGGUCCUUCAAAGCGUCAAGUCAGUCGAGGUAAUCGAGCAACCAGCCACGGCAAUGCAUUACGGUCUACCUUCGAGCAUGCAACAGCCACGUUUGAUGACAUCAAAGUUGUCCCCCACUUAGGUGCUCGUCUUCCCACUCCGACUCCAAGUGAUGGACGAAGCCCUUCAGGUGACAUUUGCUACAGAACUCCGGCCAGAUCUGCCACUGAUGAGUCUGCAAAGUCCAAUGACAUGGAUACUGCUUCCUACAAGGUGGAGAAUGAGGCAUCCGUCAGCAUUCCCGCACCCUAUGUCGACCAAGCCUCUGUUAAUCCUUCAAGACUGGCCCAUGAUCAGCAAAUCCUCUCCACAGAGCAGCUAGACAAGACUGAAUUGCGAAUUCGUCUUGGCCCAAAAUCCUUGAUCAAUCGCAGUCUUAAGCUAAGCCGAGUCGAUUCUCUCGAUGACCUCUUUGAAGCUUGCAUCAAUCGCUGGAAGGACAGACUGAAGGGCGAAACUCCUCGAAUUCUUGCCUUCUUACCCAAGCAUCUCGAAGGUGUUACAGAGUUCACUCCCGAUUUCCAAGUAUCUGACUUCUUGAGCUUAAUCAAGGCUGAAUGGGAUAAUGGUGUCGAGAAAGAUUUGUUCAUCUCCAUGAUUCUUCUUCGAGAUGGAGAGGACUUUUGA